CCAAAAUAGAGUUGUUGUUAGCUUACAAGGUCAAUUAAAGCUCCGGUUUUAGAGAUUCCAACUCCCCCCAUUAACUGUCUCUCUCUCCUGUCCAAGACCAAUGAGAACCAAUGAAGCGUACAGAGUGUUCCGAGCUUUCCUCUAAGACCUUGUAUUCACCAUGAGCUUCUCCUAUAUCAUUGCCUUCUAUAUGGGAUUUCAAUUCAGCUUCUUUUGGGAGCCUCAUCCUUCCCAAAGGAAGAGGAGUUUCAUAUUUGAGCUCAAUCACCCUCCUGAUCUUUCUCUUAUUCUCUAUUGUUGCCUGCCUUUCUUUCUUUCUUUGCUUUGUGUGUCUUUUUGGAUUUCCUCUAAUGGCAGCAAGUCGACUGCUUCUCAUCACUCUUCUUUUCUUACUGGUGGUGUCCACCAUUAAUGCCCAUGAAGGAAAAAAAUUAGCAACUGGUAGUGUGACCUAUGAUGGAAGAUCCUUGAUGAUCAAUGGCAAAAGGGUGCUUCUGUUUUCGGGAUCAGUCCAUUACACCCGUAGCACCCCAGAUAUGUGGCCAGACAUUCUUCAGAGGGCUAAAAAGGGUGGUCUGAACCUAAUUCAGACUUACGUAUUCUGGAAUGUCCAUGAGCCGGUGCAAGGCCAGUACAAUUUUACAGGACAAUAUGACCUGGUAAAGUUCAUUAAGUUGGUUUGGGCGCAUGAUAUGUAUGUAACUCUCAGGCUUGGGCCUUUCAUCCAAGCCGAGUGGAAUCACGGAGGAUUGCCAUUUUGGAUGAGAGAGGUCCCCGACAUUACUUUCCGCACUGACAAUGAACCAUUCAAGAAAUACAUGAAAAAAUACGUUACAAUGAUCAUUGAAAAAAUUAAGGGAGCGAAAUUGUUUGCUCCUCAAGGAGGCCCUAUCAUCUUGGCACAGAUUGAAAACGAGUACAACCAUAUACAAAGGGCAUUCAGGAAAAAGGGGAGUAGCUAUAUUCAAUGGGCAGCGAAAUUGGCCGUGGGGAUGGACGUUGGUGUGCCGUGGGUCAUGUGCAAGCAGACUGAUGCCCCAGAUCCAGUGAUCAAUUCCUGCAAUGGAAGGCAUUGUGGAGAUACUUUUACAGGUCCCAAUAAGCCUUAUAAGCCUUCCUUGUGGACUGAGAACUGGACAGCUCAGUAUAGAGCGUUUGGAGACCCACCAUCUCAAAGAGCAGCAGAAGACAUUGCCUACUCAGUGGCUCGUUUCUUCUCAAGGAACGGAACUCUUACCAACUACUACAUGUACCAUGGAGGCACAAACUUUGGUAGGACAUCUGCUCACUUCACAUCUACUCGAUAUUAUGAUGAGGCUCCUCUCGAUGAAUAUGGUUUGCAAAGGGAACCUAAAUGGGGCCAUCUAAAGGACCUGCACAGGGCACUAAAUCUGUGCAAGAAGGCCUUGCUUUGGGGGGUUUCGAGUACACAAGCCCUUGGUAAAGAUCUAGAGGCCACUUACUUUGAGCAACCUGGAACAAACAUUUGUGCUGCUUUUCUGGUAAACAACAACACCAAGAUACCACAAACUGUUACCUUCAAGGGCGAGAACUACAUCAUUCCCCAACGUUCCAUUAGCAUCCUCCCUGAUUGCAAGACUGUGGUUUACAAUACUGAGACGAUAGUCGCACAACAUAAUUCAAGGAACUUUGUGAGAUCAGAGAUUGCAAACAGGAAUCUCCAAUGGAAGAUGUACAAAGAAGUUAUCCCAAACCAAUUCUCUUUGAAGUCUGUCAGGCCAUUCGAGCUCUUCGGAUUGACUAAAGAUACUACUGACUAUGCUUGGUACUCCACAAUUAUAACACUGGAUCGAAGAGACUUGUCAAUGCGAAAAGAUAUAUCUCCAGUCAUAAGGAUUCCAAGUCUUGGUCACGCAAUGAUUGUUUUUGUUAACGGUGAAUACCUAGGAUCUGCGCACGGGAGCCAUGAUGUGAAGGGCUUUGUCUUCCAAAACGAAAUCAAGUUAAAACCUGGGGUCAACACGAUUACUCUCUUAUGCAGUACUAUUGGAUUCCCAGAUAGCGGACCCUAUAUGGAGCGCGUAUAUACCGGGCCUAGGGCGGUACAGUUGCUAGGAUUGAACACUGGGAAUCUUGACCUGACAUUCAAUGGUUGGGCACAUCAGGUUGGCUUGGAUGGAGAAAAGCUUGCCUUAUUUACUAAGGAAGGCUCAAAGAAGGUUGAAUGGACAAAAGCUAAUGGAGUUGGACCACCUCUUACAUGGUACAAGGCAAGCUUUGAUGCACCAGAAGGAAAGAACCCAGUGGUUAUUCGAAUGACGGGUAUGGGCAAAGGUAUGGUUUGGGUCAAUGGAAACAGCAUUGGCAGACACUGGAUGUCUUUUCUUUCCGCUCUUGGAAAGCCCUCAGAAUCAGAAUAUCAUAUCCCAAGAGCUUUUAUAAAGCCCAAAGACAAUUUCUUGGUUGUAUUCGAAGAGGAGGCAUCCGAUCCAAAAUCGAUGGAGAUCCUAGUUGUUGAUAGAGAUACCAUCUGCAGCUUCAUGACAGAGUUGCACCCACCUCAUGUGAAGUCAUGGGCAAGACAGAACAGCCAUAUCCGCCCUGUGGUAGAUAUUGUGAGACCUGCAGCCCACCUCAAGUGUCCAAAUCACAAGACGAUACUGGCCGUGGAGUUCGCUAGCUGGGGUGAUCCAUAUGGUUCCUGUGGAAACUACAUGGUUGGAAACUGCUCUUCCCCCAUCACAAAGGAAGUUGUUGAGAAGCGUUGUUUGGGAAAGAUUGAAUGUGAGAUACCAAUUCAAAGAAAACUCUUGGACAAGAACAAUGAUGGUUGCCCAGAUAUCACCAAGACACUGGCAGUUCAAGUCAAGUGCGGCUUCAGUAAGAAUUAGAGAAAGAUCAGAGGGACUUUAUCAUGAAGUUUUUUCAAUGUUUUAAAACCUUAUUAUUGUUUCAUCUUUUAAGUAGAUGUCAGAAUUCUUUCACCUUUAUUUUAAAUUCAAUCUCAUGAUUUGUAAUUCACCUUCUAUUCAUCCAUUAAUACAAAAAAAAAGAAAAAGAGU